AUGAGUGUUGAGGACAUGUUGAAACAAAUCAUGACAGACCAAGCCAAGCUAGCUUCCGAUGUCCGACAAAAUCAACUAGCUACCCAAAAUUUAGAGAAACAGCUUGGGAAAUUGGCAAGUGCACAUAGUUCUCGCCAACAAUGGGGCUUACCAGGUAACACUGAUCCCAAUCCCAAACAGGUGGAUGUCGUAAGUACUCGUAGUGGUCGCCCACUCACUAAAUUGGCUCCCAAAGCACAAUCGGCAAAGGAAAAAGGCAAAGAGCAAGUCGGACAAGAAGGUGAACCUAGCGGUUCAAAAGCAAUAGAGGAACCAAAGACAAAACCUCCUCCUUCAUUUCCUCAAAAAUUUAAAAAAAAGAAAGAAGAGGAGUGUUUUGCAAAGUUUAUAGAUUUGUUGAAACAGGUGCAAAUUAAUUUGCCUUUAAUUGAUGUUUUACAGGAAAUUCCAAAGUAUGCUAAAUUCGUCAAGGAUAUUGUGGUCAAUAAAAGCAAGUUAGCUGAAUUUGUAACUGUGGCACUCACUAAAGAGUAUAGUUCAAGAAUCUUGAACAAAAUCAAGCUUCCAACUAAACUAAAAGAUCCAGGUAGUUUCACGGUGCAGGUAACCAUCGGUAAAUAUAGUAAUACAAAAGGUAUUUGUGAUCUGAGUGCUAGUAUCAACUUAAUGCCUAGAUCCAUGCUUAAGAAAUUAGGCCUAGGAGAACUUAAAGCAACAACUAUUUUACUACAAUUAGCGGAUCAUUCUGUAGCUAGACCUGAUGGUAUCAUUGAAGAUGUUUUGGUACAAGUAGGAUCCCUCAUCUUUCCUGUUGAUUUUUUCGUUUUAGAUUUUUAA